CCAAAAUCAAAGGCAGGCCGAACCGUCCGUAUCAUUACAGCAAUGCCUACCACCGAGACCGACUCCUUACACGGCCGUAAGCAGCUUCAUGUAGCCAUGUUCCCAUGGCUUGCUUUCGGUCACAUCAUCCCUUUCCUUGAACUCUCCAAACUCAUAGCUCAAAAGGGUCACAGAGUCUCGUUUCUUUCGACCACCAGAAACAUACAACGUCUCCCCACCCUCCCUUCCCACCUCUCCCCACUCAUAAAUCUUGUUAAACUUACUCUUCCACAUGUUCCAGAGCUGCCCCGUAAUGCAGAGGCCACCAUGGACGUCCACACUGAUGAUAUUCCUUACCUCAAGAAGGCUUUUGACGGUCUUCUCCCGGAGGUCACUCGGUUUCUUGAGGAAGAGUCUCCAGACUGGAUUAUUUACGAUUUUGCUCCCUACUGGCUGCCGUCCGUUGCGGCUGGGCUUGGAAUCUCACGGGCCUACUUCUCGAUUGUCAACGCGUGGUUUGGCGCUUUUAUAGGACCAUCAUCCGACGACUUGAUAAAUAGUUCCGAUGGUCGAACAAAGGCUGAGGAUUUCUUGACACCACCCAAGUGGGUUCCUUUUCCGAGCAAACUAUGCUACCGGAAGCAUGAAGCCAGUUGGUUGCUUGGUGGCUUUUCAGUAAAUGCUUCUGGAGUGUCGGAUACAUAUCGUUCGGGUAUGGUUUUGAAAGGAUCCGAUUGUAUGUUCAUAAGACACUGCUAUGAAUUCGAACCUCAAUGGCUAACUCUUUUAGAGAAGCUACACCAACUACCUGUGAUACCCGUGGGGUUAAUGCCACCCGAAACACCCACCACCGUCGGCGAAGAGAAAAAUGACACGUGGAUGACAGUCAAGGCGUGGCUCGAUGGUCAACAAAAAGGUCAUGUGGUGUACGUGGCGUUAGGAAGUGAGGUUAUGGUUAGCAAAAGCGAGCUGGCAGAGUUAGCUCUGGGUCUCGAGCUUUCCGGGUUGCCAUUCUUUUGGGCUCUUAGAAAACCCGCAGGUUCCAAUGAGUCAAACUCGGUGGAGUUGCCAGACGGGUUCUUGGAACGAACUCGUCACCGUGCGGUGGUGUGGACGAGUUGGGCACCUCAGUUACAAAUACUGAGCCAUGCAUCGGUGGGUGGUUUCUUGACUCACUGUGGGUGGAGCUCAAUUGUGGAAGGGCUAAUGUUUGGUCACCCUCUAAUUAUGCUACCAUUUUUGGUGGACCAAGGUCUGAAUGCUCGUAUACUGGUGGACAAACAGGUGGGAAUAGAGGUACCUAGAAAUGAAGAAGAUGGCUCCUUCACCAAGGAGUCGGUGGCCAGAGCGCUGAGGUCAGCUGUAGUCAGUGAUGAAGGGAAGAUCUACAAGGCGAAUGCUAUGGAGUUGAGUGAAAUAUUCGGAGACACUAAGCUGGAAAAAAGGUAUAUUAACCACUUCAUAGACUAUUUGGAAAAGAAGAGGCGUGUUGUUGCUAUCAACAAUGAAACCUAACCAUAUGAAGUACGUAAGUUUUUUUGGUUAGUUUCGAUGAUCAAAUGUUGUUUGAAAUAAUUCAAGUAUUUUGCUUUGCAUAUAUGAAAUAACAAGCAACGUGUGUUUUGUA